GAUGUUUAUCACUGAUGUUUGACGUCAGGGGCGAACUCACGCUUGGGACUGUGGUCUGUACCGACAUCAUGUUGUGCAUGGCAAACACCCUCAUGUCUGUGCAUUUCUGUGGACGGACCGAAAUUCCCCGAGGAUAAAUAUUUUAUGAGGAAAACGAAAUAUUGCAAAGUGGGGACUUGCGUUGAGCAGUCGUGCAAAUAAAGGUCCAAACAACACGAGGACAAGGGCUGAGGGUGAUUUCACUCUUACACAUCCGCCACUGACUCGACACCAGCACAGAAGUCAAAGGUUAGCUGACACACCUGGAGGUGGUUAGUCCAGGACCCGUUACAAACCCCGUCUCACGUGCCACGUUGUGGGUUUGGCAUCUGCAACUGUAUGUGGAAAGCUGUGGCUGGCCUCACUGUACUUAUUGUGUACACUUCAUGUGUUGUCGCUCCGACCACCAGCGCCGCUGUAGGUGUCCGCCAGGAAAAUACUGGAUUUUUCAGCUUUACCUUAAUUUACACCAAGAGACACCUGGGUUCACCUUUACAUCAACAGGUCUAUGGUCAGAAACAUAUGCAAAAAGGGACAACACUAAAGCUGCUAAAAUCAAAUGAGCAGAUCGGCUCGGAAGGCAAAGAUGUAAGCGGACCAUUGACAGACACAGCAAGUAGUUAGCAUGGAUAUUUACAGCAAUGAAGAGCCGGGUAUCUACGUGAACUAUCAGGCGCCAGUGGAAGCUGAUGACGACUAUGAGUAUGUCCCACCCCCAGCGACACCCUCCAGUGUCAUCGUGUCGCAGCCAAGCACAGGACAGGCCAAACCCAGUGCCAGACCCAGCGAGGGCGGCAACGGGGUACAUGUCCCACCCGCGACUCAGGGUUCCACCCGUCCUUUCUCUGUCAACGAAGGCAAGAGAGACUGGUCCACAGACCUCUUCUUAUCAGUGACAGGAAAUCCACAAGAAAAGUCCUUCUUUGUAAAUGCAAAGCAAGCAUUUCACGACUGCGGGUGCGUGUGGUGCAUGAUGUGUCACGUGGCCAGACGACUGGGGGAUGCUGAGUACCUGCCCUUCCUCCCCUGCACCGGGCCGGCCGUUCGCUUUAAAGUUCGAAUAGUUGGCGGAAUAACGGGUUCUCUGCUCAAUGACUGCCUGGUGACCUCGUGCUGCUGGCCGUGCGCCGUGUGUCAGAUGCACCGAGAGCUGGAGAUCAUCGGCAUCUAAUCCUUCACUUCGCACCUGUCGUCACGGCUCACCUGAAGCGAGUCAGGUGUGGUGAGGGGCACAGAACUGAAUGAAAACACGCACACACACACACACAGACUGCUGUGUAAGUGGAUAAUCAGAAUAACGGAGAAAGACACUAAAGUUCAAAUCACUCAACCGUGUCCUGUGUAGAACAACCUCUAGUGAGCCUGUAAACACUUCUCAAAGAUCCGCUUUAUGCUGAAGGAACACUAACGAUGCAAGGUUGUAAAAUUUAUCUUCAACUAUUCGAAUUUCUAUCACUCAGAGGAGAGUCAUGGUUGGAUGCCAGUUUGUCUUCAAACAUUGCCUACCUUGUUGUGUAUUUUGUCAUUUCUGCACUUUUGUUUUGCAAGUCUUUUAACAAAAUACAGACUAGUAACUAAAUGUUAGUGACAAAUUACAAGCAUUCAGAUCUCACUUAUUGUCAGAUAACAUGUCAAGAUGUGUUUAAAGUGUAGCGGCAAGUGCAGUGAGUGUUGUCAGGGUCGUGACCUGUCAGGGUCGUGGAUGGAGGCUACAACGUGUGUCAUUGUGACUGGACCCUUUGUGCCAAUAUUUUGGUAACAAAUAAGGUUCCGAAGAACAAAAACUACUUUUUCACACAAAGCCAGCAAGAAAUACAUCUACAAAUGCUUGUUCCAACGGUCAAACCAUGUUAGAUAAAAAGUUAGUGGUGCAUGACUUCCUGACAACGCAUUUUCUGUUUAGUAAACAUGUAAACAACAGUUGUUUACCGUGCUCCAGGCCGCGAGAUUCAUGAUGUCAAGACUAAGGACCUAGUUAUGACAAAUAGCCAAUUAUUACAUUAGAUGAAGAUCCGUGGCCAAUACCAUGUCUGUCAGGAGGUUUGUCAAUUAUCCCAGAGAGAAACAUUUAUUAUGUAGUACAAAUCAUACACAUGUACAAACACAGCUCAUUCUUGUAUCCACCUCAUACUUUAAUAACCCUACAAUGGAGUGUCUCCCUCGCUAACAAGCAAGUGGCCAAUGAGUUAUAUUUGACUAGAGUGAUAUACAAUAUCAAGGUUGAUAUGCUUAUCAGGCGCUUGAUAACAAGAUGCACAUUAGACCUACAUGUAAUCACACCUGACAGAGUGUAAGUGAUAAGUAGGAUGAGUUCACUGUAGAAAUGAGCAGACACAGUGAAUAUAUUUACUUAAGUCCCAGUACAACAUCAUUUUCAUUCAAGAAUGUUUUUAAUUCCGGUCCCAACUUGGUGUCACAUUGAUGUGAAUUUUCUCCAUACUUAGUAACUCUUACGGUUUGAUAAAUCCGCGAAAUGCAUUUAAACAUUGGAUGACUAGAGGUGGAGAUAAAUACAACACAAUACUCCAUGUCAGUUUGACAACCACGACCAGCCACUAACUACUGUAGGUUGAUGACAGAGUGAGACAUUACCUACAGACCCACACUUCUCUUCAUGAGUCUGUUACACGAACUGUGAAAUUUAACAAUACACCUGCUCGGGAGAAAUUCUAAGAACAGGUGGAUAUAUCCACUACAUUCGUCAUUUUCUAUGAAAAAAUAACUCGAAAAAAGAAGCAAGCAUUUAUUGUAUGUGUAUUUAAACAGAAGUUUGAGAUUCUUGCACUUUUUUAGUAUAUCUAACAACUCUAUAAGAAGGUGGGGCUGUCUUUGAAGCGGCAUCAGGAAUGAUUUCUUUACACAAAACCGAUUUCAGUCUCGUGAAGAAACCCGCGAGAUGAUGUGUUCCUCGUGGAUGGCGGCGGCUGGAAUGUCAGUCACACCUUGGCUCAGCCUCCUCACAUUUGGCGGAUUAGGGCUGAUCGUAGGAUAUGUUUGGUAGAUGUACAUUAGGAUGGAGCAUGUUUACUACUGAUGUAGACAAAAACAUUUUUAUUUUUCCAUGAUACCUGUCGCACACCUUUUAAAAGAGAUGUUUUAAAGUCAAUAAUCAUGUCGUCUUUUAUAUUUAGACAUUUUUACAGUAUUUACACAGCAGAACAAACAACUUUGUAUAGCAAGUGGAGACAUCGUUUCGCUAAAACAUUCAUAUAUAAGUAUGUAUCAGUAUUGUGUAUGUAUUUUGUGCUUGUUGUCAGAUGAGAAAAUUAUUCGCCUUCUGAACAUUAAUCAUGUAAAAAUGUAAGCCUGGUACCUGCUUAGCCUGGUAAUCGUGCAUAAUGACAUGAAAUCCUAGAAAGUGGUCAGAAAGGUUGAAGACUAACUGGCGGUUGUGCUGUUUGCUGCAUAUGAUGAGAUAUUAGCAAUAUUACAUAUCCACAUCAAAUUAAUGUAUGAUGUACUCCAAUCAACCGCUUUUUGAGUUUUUCUUUAAGAGUGCAUAGGGCUUCUGUAGAAUGAGAAGUCAGCUUGACAUCAAUGUGAGAGUCACCUAUCAUCUUGCAGGUAACGAACACUCAUUUAAAAAAACUGAGGUUUUUGCAAGCCGGUGACUUGCAGGAAUAAGUACACUUGACCCAGUGUUAUCACAAGAAAUGCUGUUAUUUGAAUGGAGUCUAUUUAUAUAUAGAAGAUUUCAAAGAAAUAAACCAAUAAAAAAUGUAA